AUGAGCGCAGGCAACCGCAAAAGAUUCACCCAACGAAACGUGUUUUACCUCCGCGCCUCCCCCUACGCCGUUCUGCAAACGAUCCUCUACCUCGACUAUCGUCACAUAGAAUGGAUGAAUCUCAACCCACACAUCCUCACCCAGGUCCUCUCCAUCCUUCGCACACGCAUUAUGCCCAAACUGCGGAAAGAGUCGGAUUCAUCAGGAAAGCUUUCAGCAAUGAGCAAGAAGGAGCGAGUCGAUGUGUAUUCAGAUCGAGACUUUCAGGUUGCCUACUUUUUCAGAAGGAUGGACGAUAGACAUAGUGUGCUGUUGAAGGAAAAGAGCUUGGUUUUCCCUAGCGAUCCAACGUUGGGUGAGGUGAAGAUUGAAGUGGAUCAAGAUGAUGGUGCGGGAAGAUUGCAUGCUCCUAUUCCGAGGUCGACGGCUACGCCUGCGCCUAGUGCCGGUGCUGGGCCAAGGAGGACAGAGGGGAGAGAAAGGAUGGGAAGAGAAGGGGAGAGUAGUGAGGUGCCAGUGAGGAUAAAGGAUUCGCCGGAGGCGGAAGGGAGGAUGGGAGAGAAUGCGAGUAUGGCUACGUUGUCGGGUGGUGGGAAUGGUGAUGACGGUGAUAGUGCGCUGUUCAGAGGUGGCACGGUGGGAGUUGGAGGCGAAGUGGUGGACUCGUUGGCGAUGCCUCCUCCCACAACCACACGGCGUACGCGCAGUAGUACAAACGAAGGCACUCGACCUUCAAAAAGGGUUCGCAUCCAGGAAGAUGCCGACAUGAAACCAGACCCUUCAACCAUCGACGUCAACCCAGCAGCCUCCUCCUUCUCCACCACCAAUACAGACGCACAGCCAUCCGGCGACGAAGACUGGGCAAUCAACGUCGACGACGACAACGCAGCAAUCGUAAUCACAGAGGAAGACGAAGAGAAGAUGAAACCCAAGUUGCAUGUCAAAUACGCUGGGUUCCGAAUCUUUGGAAAGCUCCUAGUGCUAGUCGUCGAGCCAUCCAAACGCACCCUUGCAGCACACCCAGAACUCUUUGGCGAAAAGAAAACCACCGAAAUCCGCCAACUCUCGGUUGCACCACGCUCCAUGACUGCCGGUCUUGCCAACAGCCGAUCCGGGUCCGUACAAGGCCGAUUCACUUGGCUUGAGCCUGCAGAACGGUCUAGCCGAAAUGUAAGUGUCGGUCGAAGCGUAACGCCCUUGUUCCGUGGUGCGACACCGGCAGAGAGCGAGGCUGGGAGAGAGCCUACUGCGGGAUUGAUGCGGAGGUCUGUUAGGCCUGCAGCGAGAGAUGAGAGUGAGGCGCCGAGUGGACAUUUAGGCAUGGUGGAAGACGAUGGUGAGGGCGGGGGUGGGGAGGGAGAUGAGGAUGGGCCGACGAUUGGUGAGCUAGAAGGGAUAGAGUUGGCAACGCAGAUGCUGGAGAGAGAGGAGCAGACGAUGGGCGGGAAUGAUAUUGAGGAGGGAGACUAA